CAUGCCUAUAAUCAACUAAUUAUCCUCGUUGUGGAAAUUUAAAAGCUAUGCCUCAGACCUGAAAAAAAAGAUCAUAUGAAGCAUGUAUUAUCUGAGCGAAAUUAAGCUACUUCUUGUACGGCAAUAAACUUAACUCCACUUCUUUUGAUUAUAGACCACCUCCUCCAUGCAUUUCGCCGGAAAUCAGUGUCGCGCAUCAAUGACGUACUUGUAUCGUCAUUCCCUUCGCUUAGUCCUGAGCCGGAGACAAUCUCGUUGAAAGGAAGUCACAUCUCUAUGAUCGGAGCGCGUCAGGCAUUUUGGAACGCAGGCGUAGAAGAGCGCACGGAGUUCGUCGCUAUUGCGGCCUGCGAAGGCCCGCGCUUUGGCCAGCCGACGCCCUCGGAGACCCGUUUCCCGGCUCCAUGUUCCCGACGUGGGGUUUGUAUGGGGCAACCCCCGGGCAUUAUCCUCCGCCCCCCACAAUGCUUUUGCCGCCUCCGCCUCUGCCGGGUGUGCUGCCAACCUCCAUGCCGCCGCCGCCUCAGGUCCCGGUAGUCCCUCCGCCUGUUUUAGGCGGUUACUCGACCAGCUCGGCGGCUACUAGCAGCAGCAGCGGCACCGGGGGAUUCCUGAGUCUCCAGGAGCAGCACCUGGUCCAGCUCCAGCAGCUCCAGCAGAUGCACCAGAAGCAGCUGCAGUCGGUGUUGCUAGGGGGGCCCCCUCCGCCCGGCCCUCCUCCCCCGAGUAUGCCGCCCCCUCUGCCCGCUUCCUCUGCCGCCAGCACUUCCUGGCAGCCGCCGAUUGCCGCCGGACCGCCGGCGGCGCGGAGCUACCAGAAGCAAUUUAAACACCGCGAUCCCCUCCCUCCGCCUUUGCCUCGGGACUCCCAGUUCCGAAAUCCCCCCAUGGCGCCGCUCCCGUCUACAGAUGAGGUUGCCGAGCCAUCGCAGCCCCGCAAGGAGUGGGAGCCCGUGGCUGCCCCGGCCAGUCCUUGCAUGGAUAUGGACAUGGAUCUGUCUUCGCCGCCGCAGUCGCCUCCCCAAUCUUUCCUGCCCCAGGUAGAAGCUGACCCCUAUGUAGCCCCGCCUCAGACUUUGCCGGCGCAGAGUCAGAUCCCACCACCACCACAGGCUUACCAGCCCCUUUUGCCCUUGUCUCAAGCAGUUGCCAAGACAUUUUCAGAGACCCCACCUCCAACUGUUUCUCAGUCUUACCCAAACCAGUCCCAGACUUACCAAGCCAACUCCCAGCCAUCCACCCAGCUAGGCCAGCCACUUGCAACAUCAGCCCCCCAGCCCGAAUCCCACUUCACUUCAUCCCAGAUUACUCAGAGCGCUUCCGAACCACCAGAAUUAAGACUGAGCAGUGGCCCAGAGAAAGAGUGUGAGCCACAGCAAAGCAGCUCAAGUGCAGAUCUAUCUGCAAUGACCUCCCAGGAACAACAGCAAUAUUGGUAUCAACAGCAUCUACUUACUCUUCAGCAAAGGGCAAAAGCACAUGCAUUGGGACAGCAACAGCCACCUAUUGGGAAUGAUGCCCCUGAACAGGGAAAAGAAAAAAGAGAAACAUCUGUUUCUAGUGUCCUUUCUGAACCCAGUUUGAAUUUUGAUCCCAUGUUACAACAUCCAAAAGAUGAAGAGCCUCCUGAAUCAUCUGUUAAACAUAAGCUAAACAUUGAACCUUCAGAAGAUCCUGAAGAAAGCUUGAGAUUACAGCAGCUACAGGCAGCAGCAACACAAUGGCAGCAACAUCCACAACAAAGAGUGGGUUUCCAGUAUCAAAGAAUAAUGCAAAAGCAUUCACAGUUGCAACAAAUUUUACAACGCUAUCAACAGAUUAUACAACAACCAUCACAUUUGUCAACAGCAACAAUGGAGGUGCAGCUACAGCAUUAUAAGACUCAGAAUAAACAAUUCCAGCCACUUUACAAAGAGUGGGAACGUGAAUUUCAGCAGUGGCAGGAUCAACUUCUGACCUAUCCUCACAAAGACCAGCUUUAUGAGUAUGAGAAACAGUGGAAAAUGUGGCAGGGACAAAUGAAAGCCACUUACGCUCACCUUCAGGAGAAGGUGAAGUCUUUUCAAAACCUGAAUACUCCGUGUCCUGGGAGCACAUUUCCAUUUUCUCCAUAUUCUCAAACAGUGCAAAGCAGCAUGCCUGCAAGUACACUUCCUCCAUCAACUCCUGGAUUUUCUACUGGCCCAGCAGAAUCUGGACCUAAGAGCACUCAAACUACUUCUAAUUCUUUUUCUUUUAAAGUCAAUGAAUCACUUUCCAGUUCUCAGGUGGUAGGAGAAAUCAGACCAGGUCUUCUUCCUACUCCUUUUUCUGGUUCUUUCACGUCCAAAACAGAAAAUUCUUCUACCACUUCCCAGAGCAUAGAGAUGAGGCCAACUUUGUUUCCUCCUCCUACCUCUUUUAGCUUUAAAGUUACAGAGUCCGCUCCCACUUCUCAAAACACAGAAACCACUAGACUAGCUCUGCUUCCCACUCCUAACCCAACUGAAACAACUAGGCCAGCUUUGCUUCCUACUCCUGCUGCUGCUGCUUUUUCAUUUAAAGUUAAUGAUUCAAAUGCAGCUACCCAAGUCACUGAAACCACCAGACCAGCCCUUCUUCCUACCCCUUCCCCUGCUUCUUUUUCUUACACCGAUACAUCGGCCACUUUGCCUUAUCAUUCAAAUGUGACAGCAUCUGCCAUCUCUUCAGACCAAGGUGAUCCUUAUGCUCCUCUGGGCAAACAGGGAGUGGCCUUAGGGUCAGCCUCAUCUGACCAUGUCAAAGUGAAUUUAGAAUCUACAAUAGCUUCAUCAUCUAUGUCCACCACUACUGUCACUACCACCACUGACUAUCAGAACAGAGCAUUGAGGCCAGCUGGGUUUCCAGAUUCCCCCAGGGCACCAUUCUAUGAAGGUCCCAAGGGUCCAAGAUUCGAUGGACCCCAGGGAAGAGGCUUUGAGCCUCCAAAGCAAGGAGGUCCUAAUUUUCAGGGCCAACACUUAGAAGAUCCAGGGACAAGACUUCAGAAUCAGCACGCAGAUGGAUCUUCAGGAAAACAAAGGUCAAUCCCUCGGGGGCCAGCAGCAGCCUUUUAUACUCCUUUGGCAACAUCACAAAUGCAGUCUUCUCAAGCAAGUGGACCAUUGGUUAGGGGAUCUAAACCUGCAUCGGGACAACAGAACCAUCAAGGGGAAAAUAAAGAACUACUUAUUGAUACUGUUAAUAAAUCUAAAUUUAUGUCUGAUGUAAAAGUUUCUGGCCCAGUUCAGCCAGCUAAGGGUCUGCCUAAUGUACAGCAAAAUACAUCCAGGAAGAAUGCCAUAGAAGCAAUGUCAGAAAUAAAGAAACAAAGUGCCAUGGAUUCCAGAUUACACUCAGAAGCAUCGAAAAGUUAUUGCACUUCCACAAGUUUGCAUCAGAUACCAGUUUCUAAUAUUUCUCAAACAACAGGAGGGAAGAAAACAGUACUGCCAUCACCAAUUAUAGGAAAUAAAGAUAUGAACUCUACACAAAAUAAACUGGUUACUUCAGGCAAUAAUAAGAAUAAGGAAUCAUCUAAACUAGAAAACAGGGAGAAGGGAGAGAAGAAGCCAGGAGAUAACCAGGGAAUAGGGCCAGGUGACAGAGGCAGAGGCCAGUAUAGAAUGGAAGAUACUAGAGGCAGAGGACGGGGCCGAUUAGAAGAUAUGAGAGGAAGGGGAAAAGCAAAUAGAGGGAGAGAUCACUCAGAGGAUGUUGUUGGUAGAGAUAAAAGCAGUGGGCUAGGUACCCAUGACAAAAUUCCAGGAGGUCAGUUAAGCAACUGGGAAUCUGGAAUGGGUAGACAAGGAGGUAACCAGGAAAGAGUACUGGGCAAGCAAUCAAACAUCCAGGAAAGAGGAUUACCAGCUCCUCAGAUGGGCAGCAGGGAAAGAAUCCAAGCAAAUAGCCAGCAAAGAGGACUACCAGCACCUCGGAUAAGCAGGUGGGGACCAAUCCCAGCAAAUAUCCAGGAAAGAGGAUUACCAGCUCCUCAGAUGGGCAGCAGGGAAACAAUCCCAGCAAAUAGCCAAGAAAGAGGAUUACCAGUUUCUCAGAUGGGCAGCAGGGAAAUAAUCCCACCAAAUAACCAGGAAAAAGGAUUACCAGCUCCUCAGAUCGGCAGCAAGGAAAUAAUCCAAGCAAAUAGCCAGCAAAGAGGACUACCAGCUCCUCGGAUAAGCAGGUGGGGACCAAUCCCAGCAAAUAACCAGGAAAGAGGAUUACCAGCUCCUCAGAUGGGCAGCAGGGAAACAAUCCCAGCAAAUAGCCAAGAAAGAGGAUUACCAGCUUCUCAGAUGGGCAGCAGGGAAAGAAUCCAAGCAAAUAGCCAAGAAAGACGAUUAUCAGGUCCUCGGAUAAGCAGGUGGGAGCAAAUCCCAGCAAAUAUCCAGGAAAGAGGAUUACCAGCUCCACAGAUGGGUACCAGGGAAAGAAUCCAAGGAAAUAACCAGGAAAGAGGAUUACCAGCUCCUCAGAUGGGCAGCAGGGAAAGAAUCCAAGCAAAUAUCCAGGAAAGAGGACUACCAGCUCCUCAGAUGGGCAUCAGGGAAAGAAUCCAAGCAAAUAGCCAGGAAAGAGGAUUGCCAGCUCCUCAGAUGGGCAGCAGGGAAAGAAUCCAAGCAAAUAUCCAGGAAAGAGGCUUGUCAGCUCCGCAGAUGAAUAGCAGGGAAAGAAUCCAAGCAAAUAGCCAGGAAAGUGCUGUAAUCAGGUCUUCCAGCAGUCAGGAGAGAGGACUGGACUGGCAAAUUGGAAGUAGGGAGAGAGCCCCUGGUCGACAACCUACUAAUAGAGAGAGGGAGACAGAUAGACAAGGUAAUGAUCUGGAAAGAGAACCCAUUAGAAGGCCUAGCAAUCGGGAGCAAGAUCUACACAGACGUGAUAUGGGACUUGGAGGAAAUGCUGAAAAUUUACCACCAUUUUAUGAAGAACCACCAAGUCCUCCAUGGAGUUAUGAAGAGCAAAGCAGAAAAGAGGGUAUUUCAUUUGACUACAGACAUAUUCCUCCUUUAGAACACAGACAAUUAGAUGAUUGGGAAAGAGAGAGAUAUUGGCAUGAUCAAGACCAGAGAUAUGAUGAUUCCAUUGUUGUAUAUGAGAUAGAUGAGGGGGUACCACAACAUCAUCCUUUACCCCCUCUUUCACCACUUCCCCCUCUUCCUCCUUUACCUCCUUUGGUGGAUGAAGAACCAUUUUGGGAAAUACCAUUGAGUAGAGACGGAGAGGGAGACAGGGAUCUUGAAAGGAUCAGAAGAGCCUUGGAUGGGUAUGAUUGUGAUUUCGAAAUAGACUGGGACAGGGAUUAUAUCAUAUUAUCGGGGGACAGAGAUACAUUGAAUUGUGAUAUGGACAUACCGCCUCUACCUCCUUUGCCACCUCUGCCUCCACUUCCUCCAAUAGAUAGAUACCAUGAGGACGUUUGGUUAGAAGAGAGAGACAUAGAUUUCUACGACAGAGAUUCUAGAGACAGAAGUGGGAUUAGAAUUCGUGAAUAUCCAGAAAGAUGUGAUACAUGGAGAGAACAGUCUGAUUUCCCUCCUGAUAGAGGAGAUUGGGAAAGAGAAAGGUUUUCAGAGAGGUGGUAUCCUGAUGAAAUGGAUAGAUUUAAAUCUUUAGACGAUCGUCUGGAUCCACCACCCCUGCCACCACGCUCAUCUGAAUUGUUGGAAGAAGAGUCAAAUUUAGCUUCUGAGCAGUCGUUAGGAGGACUGGUUCUUAGUCAAAGGCAACAUGAAAUAAUCUUGAAGGCUGCCCAAGAACUAAAGAUGAUACGGGAACAAAAAGAACAUAUGCAGAAGUUGAAUGAAUUUGUUCCUGAUGCUCAAAUGUCUGAACGCUCAUCUCAAGAAAUAUCUAGGUUACAAAGAACACCUGCUAGGAAAGAUAACUUUCAGGCCUCUUCUGAAACCCAAGGUAAAAGGACAGCAGAGAAACCAGCUAUUAAGCCUACUCCAGCUGUAAUUAUAAAGCCCCCUGUCAUGUUUCACAAACCUGCUGCAACCACUAAGCCAUGUCCUGUAAAAUCUUCUCCAGUGACAAAACCCUCUGUUUCAGCUGCAAAGGUUCCUAUCCCAACAGCAAAGCCAUCUGGCCUACCAUUGCAGUCAAAUGUUCCAAUUUCCAUUCCAACUGUAGCAGCAACUCAGGUUUCAGUUCCUGUGGUAAAGACAUCAACUGAGACGAUGGAAGAACGUUGGGAUGAGGACACUUUCCAGGGACUUUGGGACAGCAAUGAGGAUAAAGGGUUGAAAUCAGAAUGUGUCUCAUCUAUAUCGAAUUCUGCAUUGCCUUCAACAACAAUCUCAGCAUCCCCUUUGCCUAAUGUGGCACCCCUUGCCAAGGCACCAAUUAUUCAACAGACUGUUGACUAUGGACAUGGACACAGCCAUGGUCAAGAUAUAACCAACAGUAAAAGUGCACAACAAGUUCCUUAUGGAGAACGAAUAACUCUGCAUCCAGAACCUCAUGAAAGGCAACCCUUUUCAAAAGAACACUUAGGCCAGCGGGAUCGAUAUGGCAAGGAGAGAGAGAGUUAUUUUGAACGACAAAAUAAUUCCAAUCCAGAUCACAGGGAUUUCAGGAGGGAACGAGAACCGUACAGAGAACGGAUUUCUGGAGAUCAUGAUCGAGAAAGAUUUGACAAAGAGCGAUACUCACGAGAAGACAGGCCAUCUCCUUCAAGAAAUCAGUCUUACCGUGACAAAGAUCAUUCAGUCUCAAGAAGGGGAGGAUUUGAAAGACAGACAUAUGACCGGAAACCUGAUCGUCCUUCUUAUGAUCAUGGGCCUCCCAUGUUUGGAGGUGAUCGGAGAAAUUAUGCUGAGGAUAGAAUUCCUAUUUCUGCUCCAGCAAUACCACGACAACCACCACCUGCCCCACGGGUAGAAAGAAAACCAGAAUCAAAAAAUGUGGAUGACAUAUUGAAGCAGCCUGGACGGGAAAGUAGACCAGAACGGAUUGUCAUAAUCAUGCGAGGAUUGCCAGGCAGUGGAAAGACUCAUGUUGCUAAGCUUAUCAGGGAUAAAGAGGUUGAAUGUGGAGGAGCUGCACCCAGAGUCCUCAGCCUGGAUGACUAUUUUAUCACUGAAAUAGAAAAAGAAGAGAGGGAUCCAGAUACAAAGAAAAGAGUAAAAAAGAAGGUUUUGGAAUAUGAAUAUGAAGCUGAUAUGGAAGAGAUUUAUCGUGCCAGCUUGUUUAAAACUUUCAAGAAGACUUUGGAUGAUGGAUUUUUCCCCUUUAUCAUACUUGAUGCCAUCAAUGAUAGAGUACGGCAUUUUGACCAAUUCUGGAGCGCUGCAAAAACAAAGGGAUUUGAGGUUUACUUAGCUGAAAUAACUGCAGACCAUCAGACUUGUUGCAAGAGAAAUGUCCAUGGACGCAAGCUCAAAGAAAUCAAUAAGAUGGCUGAUCAUUGGGAAACAGCACCCCGUCACAUGAUCCGUUUAGACAUUCGCUCCUUAUUACAAGAUGCUGCUAUUGAAGAGGUGGAGAUGGAAGACUUUGAUGCAAAUAUUGAAGACCAAAAAGAUGAAAACAAAAAAGAUGCGGAAGAAGAAGAGAGCGAACUGGGUUACAUUCCGAAAAGCAAAUGGGAGAUGGAUACUUCUGAAGCAAAAUUAGACAAAUUGGAUGGGUUGCGAACUGGUACUAAGAGGAAACGUGACUGGGAAGCAAUUGCCAGCAGAAUGGAAGAUUACCUUCAGCUUCCAGAUGAUUAUGAUAGCCGUGCUUCUGAACCUGGGAAAAAAAGGGUAAGGUGGGCAGAUCUUGAAGAAAAAAAGGAUGCAGACAGAAAGAGGGCCAUUGGUUUUGUUGUGGGACAAACAGACUGGGAGAAAAUCACAGAUGAAAGUGGUCGUUUUGCUGAGAAAGCCCUCAAUCGCACUAAAUACAUCUGAAUUAGUUGGCACAUGGAAGAUGUCUUCCUUUCAGGCUGUUUGCUUUGGUGAGCGAAAUACACAAGGUGGUAUGGUUGGAACAUGUCAUUGCCCAUCUAGAGAGCUUUCUGAUUCUUUCCUUUUGAACUUUUUUAUUUCAUUGUGUUCCUUCCAUUUUAACUGGUGAUAUCCAGGAUCCCCAAGUUAUAUAAUAUCCUCUUGCAUCUAAAUGUGAUAAAAAUUUAUGUUAAAAUCAGUAGUCUUAGUUUUUAUGUGUACAGUAGAAUUGCAAGACAGUACUGAAGCCAUUUCCUCUGCCGUACUCUGACCCAAUGUCAGCAUUACUUUGUAUUGUUGCUUUGUGCUAUUGUUAUUUUAUACUGUACAAACUUGGUAGUUUAUUGUACUAGGAAACAGAACAAUAAACUUUCACUAUGACUUUAA